AUGCCCCGAUGGGGAAGACCACCGGGGGCACGAAUGGGGAGACACGACAGGGGAGGACGCACGCAGUGGGAGGAUUCGAGGCGAGUGGAGGAGAUUGAGAGCGAGGAGGAUGAGGAUGAUGCGUAUGGGCGUGAGCUGGUGCGGAAGGCUCGCGCAGGGUAUAUGCGGCAGCUGGAGUAUGGGAGUCGGGGCCCGCGCAGGCGGUCCGAGUAUGAUGACAUGACCGACGAGACUGAAUCGGUGGAGGGAGGGGAGUUUGAUCUGUACGAUCAUGAGGAUAGCACGGUGGCCUAUGCGGUGCAAUUGGCCAUGCGAGACAAGGAGGAUCAAUUGGUGGACAAGGCUCUGGAGCGCAUUCGCCGCGCCCAGAUGCUAGGGAAGAAAAACGUGCGACUUUCACAACGCGAGCUCGAUGCCUUGGAGCGCAAGCGUCAACAGACCGACAACAAUGGCUCCGGUAGCUCACGUCGCAACAAGCAGAGUGGCAACGCGACCAGUUCUCGCCCGGUAUCUCGACGAAGUGCUGCUGCAGUGUCCGAGCAACAAACGGGUCCUUACCCACAUUUCGCUCCGGAUCCUAACCGGGGCACUGCUGCGCAUGGCCGACCUUCGAGUUCGUCAUCUGCUCGUCCACGAACCCCGACGAUGCAAUCACUGCGGCCUCAACAGUCCAACUCUCCGCUCCGACCAACGUAUCCACCAUAUCCUAAUCCUCCUCCGAACGGUCGUCCACAAUCGAUGCCGAUGUAUUCUCGGCCCUUACCGGACGACCCUCAAUGGGCACCACCAUAUUAUAACCCUAUUCCUAUGCCGAUGAGUCCUUAUGGGGUCGAACCACCUCCAUACCAGCCGCAGCUGCCCACCGAUCUUCGAGUUGGACCUCAAAGCCGGAUGAGCCAUCCCGCGGGGAUGUCACCGAUUCAAGCUCAACAUCGACAUUCAUCGGGGGGAUCACAGCCGCGAGGCGGUCGUCGUGGCCCGUCCAAGUCUGAUUCUGAGCAGUCCAGCGAGGAAGAAGAGGAGACCGAAAGCAGCGAGGAGGGUGACGAUGAGGAGGUGCAGAUCGUCAAGGUGGUGCAACGUCCGACUCCAUCGGGGGUACAAAGGCGCACAGUCUCUGGAGGUAGUCGAGGCAGUCGAAGUGGUCGUGCGCGGAAGAGUAGAUGA